AUGUCGCCAGAAACUACAACAGAAAGUCUACCACCUACAACAACUGAGGUUACUCCUACCACAACUGAAGAAACAACUGUAACCACAACAACGUCACCAAAAACAACAACUACACUAACUACUAUUACUGCAACACCUUUUCCAGAAACUACAACGGAAAUCACAACUGCGCCACUCACUACAACUCCUGCAAUUCGUACCACCACUGAAGAAACCACUGCAACUACGACUACGUCGCCAGAAACAACAACUACACGAACUACAAUGACCGCAACUCCUGUGCCGGAAACUACCACGGAACAUCCAACUCUGCCACCCACUACAACAACGGUGACUCCUACUACUAUUAAAGAAGUUACCAUAACCACAACAACAUCGCCGGAAACAACAACUAAACCAACGACUAUUACCACAACGUCUGUGACAGAGACUACAACCGAAAGUACAAUUGCGCCAACAACUACACCUACUGAAGUUCCUACUACCACUGAAGAAACUACUGCAACUACGACAACGACCCCAGAAACAAUAACUACAGCAACAACUAUUACCACAACACCGGUAACAGAAACUACGGAAAGUCCAACUGUGUCUCCCACCACAACUGAGGUUACACCUACUACCACUGAAGAAACUACUGCAACCACAACAUCGCCAGAAACAACUACUCCAACGACUAUUACCGCAACAACUGUGCCAGAAAUUACAACUACUGAGAUAACCACGGCUGUAAUUCCACCAACAACCAUUGAAAUAAUUAUUCUCGAAACGUUACCAUUUACUACUACAGUAAUUACACCAAAAAUAGAGGUUACGACUACAACUACGGAAACACCUUCCGUUACUACUUUCACAACUGAAACUAUAACAGUGACCACACUUCUAACUACUACAACGGAAAAAACAACAGAAAUGACGGAAACAACUCCCACUAUCACGACUAUAGUAACUACACCAAUAAUAGAAGUUAUUAACACAACUACGGAAAUGCCUUUCAUUAUUACGUUAACAAUAGAAACUACAACUGAGACUACAAUUUUCACGACAGUGACCACUCCAGUUACUACUAUCACAACAGAAACAAUUCCUAUUACUCCCACUACAGUAAUUACACCAACAAUAGAGGUUACAACUACCACUACAGAAACACC